CCUCGGUCUAGUCUUGCUCGAAUUGCUUGCUGCGCAGUUCCUUCAGCUCCGUAGCUCUGGCAGAGUCUGCGCGAUGGGCGACCCGGAAAGGCCGGAAACGGCCAGGCCGGAGGAGGAGGAGGAGCAACUGUCUUCAGAUACAAAUGAAGAUGUGACGAGGUCGGAUGAAGAGCCUCUCCUAAGAAAGAGUUCCCGCCGGUUUGUCAUCUUCCCAAUCCAGUACCCUGAUAUUUGGAGAAUGUAUAAGCAAGCGCAAGCAUCAUUCUGGACAGCAGAGGAGGUUGACUUAUCAAAGGACCUCCCUCACUGGAACAAGCUUUCGUCAGAUGAGAAGUGUUUCAUCUCCCACAUCUUAGCCUUUUUCGCAGCCAGUGAUGGAAUUGUAAAUGAAAACUUGGUGGAGCGCUUUAGCCAGGAGGUGCAGGUUCCAGAGGCUCGCUGUUUCUAUGGCUUUCAAAUUCUCAUCGAGAAUGUUCACUCAGAGAUGUACAGUUUACUGAUAGACACUUACAUCAGAGAUCCAAAGAAAAGGGAAUUUUUGUUUAAUGCAGUUGAAACAAUGCCAUGUGUGAAGAAAAAAGCAGACUGGGCCAUGCGCUGGAUAGCAGAUAGAAAGUCUACUUUUGGGGAAAGAGUGGUGGCCUUUGCUGCUGUAGAAGGAAUUUUCUUCUCUGGAUCAUUUGCUGCUAUAUUCUGGCUAAAGAAGAGAGGCCUCAUGCCUGGACUUACCUUUUCAAAUGAGCUGAUCAGCAGGGAUGAAGGACUUCACUGUGACUUUGCUUGCCUCAUGUUUCAGUACUUGGUAAAUAAGCCUUCAGAAGAAAGGGUCAGGAAAAUCAUUGUCGAUGCUGUUAAAAUUGAGCAGGAGUUUUUAACAGAAGCCUUGCCUGUUGGCCUCAUUGGAAUGAACUGUGUUUUGAUGAAACAGUAUAUUGAGUUUGUAGCUGACAGAUUACUCGUAGAACUUGGAUUCUCAAAGGUUUUUCAGGCAGAAAAUCCCUUUGAUUUUAUGGAAAACAUUUCAUUAGAAGGGAAAACAAAUUUCUUUGAGAAAAGAGUUUCUGAGUAUCAGCGAUUUGCAGUCAUGGCAGAAACUACAGCUAAUGUCUUCACCCUGGAUGCAGAUUUUUAAAGCCCUCCUCAUUAAAACAAAAACAAACAAACAAAAGACCAACAACAACAAAAAAACCAUAGAAGCAAGCAUUCCAGGGAGGCUGACGCAAGUGGAUCUUUGUGAGUUUGAGGAUGGUCAGGACUACAUAUUGAGAUCUGUCUCAAAAACAAAAGACCAAGAGCAAACACAAACAAAACACAUAGAAACCUGUCGCUGGUAAAUAGAAAUCUAUUUUUCUGUCUUUUUGAAACUUUGAGUAUUUCUUUUAAAGGAAUGAGAGUUUGAAUAGAAGGAAAUAUAAAACUAAAUUCUAAACGAUUCAAUUUUAACUAAAUGCACCUCAAUGUAUUUAUACAAUGAGAAUGUGACUUAAAUGUUUUGUUCUGUUUUUUUUUUUUGUUUUGUUUUUUGUUUUGUCACGAGUCCUUAAGAUGGCAUUAAGAGCAUGGACUGAGGAGUCAGGUGUGAGCUUGACACCCUGCCCUUACUCCUUGGUGUAACCUUGGCGAGUCAGUUAAUCCUGUAAACUUCAGGGCAUGAGUCUGUAAAAUCUGCAUAAUAGUACGCCCCAAAUUCAUGGAGGUGACUGAAGGAUUAAUAUACAAAAAUAAGUGUGUAACCAAUACUUUCACCUCUGCUACCUCAACUACUAAAUAAUAUUAGCGAUAAGAUUAAUGGCAAUGACACAGUGAUGCAGUACACUCCUCUCUAAAGACAUUGAGACUCAGGGUUAGGUUGAGAUUUAGAGUAUUAGAUUUUUGUGUUUUUAAUGCUUGCAGGCAGAAUAUAAAGAUCUCCUUAGAGAGAUCAUAAUCUGAUCAGCUCCUUUGAAUUUCUCAAUCCACAGUAAAGAAAUGUAACUCCUAAUCACACAAAGUGGGAAGCCUUAGGAGGGAGAAUCCAGGUCACCAUGGUUGGGGACCAUGUAAGCAAAGUGAUUCUUCUUCAGGAAUUAAAAGUGUAACUAUCGCCAGGUACAGCCCUGGAAUGUUUAGAACCAGGAUAGGUGGGGCAUUUCUCAAUGUCUUAUUCUCAGAGCUGGUAGCUUCCAGAAUUUUUGUGAUAGGAAAAGAGAUAUGGUGGUGAGUGGAUUUGGGAAAUGCUGUGCACCUCAUCCCUUCUUAGAAUGUAUAAUCAGCACAGCAGUAAGGAAGUGCAGUACAGAAGCAGCUCGCCUUGCUGCCCACAUACACUCAACACAGGUUUGCCAACACCUCCCGCAGCUAGGGAUUGCAUUGGGAAAAGCUGGCCCAGAAUCAUUUAUACCUACAGAAAAUGGACCUUUUUGGUAGUGGUUAUUGAACCACUUUGGAUUUGUGUUAAUCUAAGAAAGCUAUUUAAGAUUGACUUCAUCUGUAUGUCCUUAUACUCUUAAAUAUAUUUACAUCGUUAUAAAGGAAUUUCCUUAGUGGAACUGUGUAUGCUUCCUAAUAAGACGAUGAGGGAGAUGCAAGUCUUUCUAGGAAAGAUGCAGGGAAGGCCAGGAGCCAGGACACCUGGGCAGUGUGCCCCUCUUCAUUUUCAGGAAGCAUCAAGAGGGGUCUAAACCCAUCAAACCCUGGUGUCCUCCUCAGUGAAGUGUGUGCUGCCCAAGAGUGAGAUCCCUAGCACCCUCUAGCCGUAAAACCACAGCAGCACACACUCACGGGCCACACACUUGCACAUAUACACAUGCGCACACAGUACAGAUAAAAUUCUGGAAGCUGAAUUCAGAGAUGUAUUUCUAUGAAAGUUUUUAUUCUGCUUGUCCUAUAGCUGGGAAUUCUAAAUGCAAGAGAAGCAGGCCAGAAUUCCAGUGUUAGAGGGAGUAUUAUAAAUGGAAUGUUUUAUUAUAUGGUUGUACUGGUUUUUUGCCAUAUGCUUCCCACUGGUCAUGGCCUUCUAAGCAUGAAGAGUAGCUAUUAUUAAAACAUGGCAAGAGGGUUAUGGGGGUCAGAGAAGCAGAAAAACUUGACCAAGAUUUCACAUCACUGUUCUUAUCCUAUAAUAUUUUAAAGGUGUCACAUCCUUUAAACUUCAUCCAUUAUGAUUUAUUUUGCCUAUUUUUUUAAUUAAAGUUUCACAUGCUACCCCAAUAUUAAUGUUCAUGAUAAUUUAGAGUAUAAAAAUAUCACAGAGCUUGGGGUGUUUGGGGUAGUAUGUUUCAAGACAUUUAGCUACUAUCAUACAAAAACAUCUAAAACUUUAAUUAUCUCAGACUAAAAGAAAAGAGUUUUAACAGUACACAUUCUGAAAAUUUCAAAUCCAGAUCUUCCUCAUGAGUAGUGACAGGUGCCUUUAUGUGGUAAAUAUUAAUAGUAGCAAUAAGCAAAACUAUAUUUGUAAGAAGUCUUAAGACUGAAAAACUGAAUUUUUAAUACACUGUUAUAUUACUAUGUUCACUAUUCUGUACCCUUUCAAUGCCUCCAAUUUGCACGUUUAUUUAUUAUAUUUAGCAUUUUUGUUCUUAGAUAUGGAAAAAUCAGGAAGUUAUAGGAUGUCUUUUUAGUAUCUCACAGGUAAAGAAAAAAAAUCAAGUGUAUGGCUUUUCUGUUUUUGGCAGCACGUGUGUUUCAGAGAAGGUCACUUUAUCUUCGAACUGUGUUUUGUAUUUUAAGAUAACUUUGUUGUAAUGAGAGCUUAAGAGCAUGAUCAGCACAUAGCAUCGUGGUGGAGGGCAGCUCUGAUGACCUCAUUCCAGUGAUCUGGGCAGGACUGAGGGCCAGGAAUAAACAGUUAUUUUUAUCAUGAAACUACUCCCAGCUGCGUCUUAUUAUUUGACCAUGUUACAAUUGUUUCAUACUCACAGUAUCCGGAUUUACUUCUUUAACCACUGUAUCACAUUUUAUUUUCCUUCUUUUAGUUGGUGUGUCAUCGUUUAGUCUGAUCUAGAUCACACGACCCUCCUGCUUUCGCCUCCCGAGUACUGGGGUUAGAGGUGUGUGCCUCCAUGCCCAGGUACCGAGUUAUAGUCUGUGCACAAAGAAAGUGCAUGUUCACAAAUAACUUAAUGUUCAGAAUUUUGUGCUUUGUAUUUAAAUAUCUUUUUGUCACUCAGAGACUCUCCAGACUUUUUUUUUUUUUCAUAAUUAGCUAAGAGCUCAAUGUUUCUUCAGUGAUGACUCAUGGUGGGCUACAUUAAAGCCAAAUUAGCAGUAAAAUCUAGUCUCAUAUUUGAGAUUAACUGAGUGAGUUGGCAGCCAGCUCAGGCAGAACGUGGCAGGAAUAACUCAGAAGUGAGGUUCUCUGUAUUUCUCAUCACUUUUCUUUAAAUUAUCUGCUCCUUUGUAAACUGCUCUGGGUCUGAAGGACUCUAAUAUUCCUGAAAGCCUGGAGGGAAAGAUGUAGUCCUUCAAAGCUGAGACUUAAUUCUGUUAAAGAGAACAUGUAAAAAGGGAAGACUGGAGGAUGACUGUUUUUGGUAAAGAAAAGUUCACAAUAUUUUAAACAUGUAUUUUAACUAUUUUACAGCUUUGUUUUGACUUUUUCAAGUGCCUCAUCAUUUAGCAAAAUUACUUAGUAUCUACUGUGUAUACAGAAAGCUUUAUUAGACAUGGUGUUUCUGAAUAUAUUUUGUUAAAAUACAUUGAUGGUCAAUCAAAUGUACCGUGCAUAUAGAGAUUCAGGUUUUUUUCCUUUAAAAAAAAAAUCACGUUUUUGUAAAGUUUGUUGAAAUAAACUUAAAAUUAUAUCA